UUCACUAUCCUUCGACUUCGGGCCCGCUCCUGUUGAGGGACAGAGAGAGAGAGAGAGGAUGAGCGGCGUCGACGGCGAGAAGGGUGAGGUGAUCCAGAGGACGGCGGAAGCUGCCGACGAGCUCUACCGCGUCCGUGAUACGUACUUCCCUAAGGACCCCGACGAGAAGAUCUCGAAGCUGCAAUCCCUCGCUGAUGCCGCGCUUUGUCUACUUGAUUCGCUUCCUCCCGAAGAAAGGGAGUCACCUUCACAACGUGCAUCUUAUGAAUUUUUGCGAGGAAAGAUACUUGAUGUUUUUCCUGAUUACCGGAAGGAAGCUGAAGAUCAUUUGUCAAAAGCUGUUAAAUUGAAUCCAUCUCUUGCAGAUGCUUGGUUAUCCUUAGGUAAUUGCAUUUGGAAGAAGGGUGAUCUGUCAUCAGCAAAAAACUGCUUCUCUUUAGCUCUAAGCAAGAGUCCAAACAAGAAGAUUCUCUGCCAGCUAUCUAUGCUUGAAAGAAGAAUGGCUCAAGGCACUGAAAAUCAAGAACAAUUGGUUGAAGAAAGCAUUCGUCAUGCAAGAGAAGCCGUGGCGUUGGAUAUCAAGGAUGGGAAUUCCUGGUAUAAUCUUGGAAAUGCAUGUCUUACAAGUUUUUUUGUUACUGGAGCAUGGGACCAUAGUAAGCUGCAUCAAUCAUUGAAAGCAUAUCAGAACGCGGAAAAAGAUGAACUGAUGGCAUCCAGCCCUGAUCUUUUCUUUAAUUCAGCUACAGCCAAUAAAUAUCUUGAGAACUACGAUAGAGCUCUUCGUGGGUUUGAAGCUGCAUCCCUGAAAGAUCCUGGCCUCAAAGCUGAUGAGGAGGUUCAAAAAAUCAUCAAUCUUCUUGAAAAGCUUGAGAGUUCCAUUAAGGGACAUUUCAAGGCUAAACGACUAGCAUCUUUGGCAUCAUCCUUGGGAGACAUUAAUUUGAGAUCAUCGCACAGAAAAGUUAGUAUAAAUGCUCUUGCAGAGGGGCUGAACAAGGCAGUGGCAGUUGUUGCAAAAAUCCUCUUAUUCAUAAAGCAUGAAAGCAUAGCUCCAUUGUAUUAUUUAGCUUGUGAUUCUGACCAGACAUGUUUCAUACUCUCUGUGUAUGGGUUACACAGUGAUGCAGUUAAAGAAGGGGAUCGUGUGACAUUGUUGGAACCAUGCCAUCGGAAUAUUGAUUUUUCAUGGAAAGAAAAGCAGCAUUAUCAAUUCAAAUCAAUUCGUGUGGACUUCAUUCAACAAAUUCUUGUGAAUGGAAAAGGGCCAGCACCUCAACACACCAUCAGAUCUUCCAUUCAUGCACAACAUAAAGCGUGAAGAACUUCAAGAAAUAUGGAUUGUGGAUGAUUCUUCCCAAGUAUAUUCUAUUUCCGCUUACAAAUUAUCUUGUUGUUGUACAUAAAUCAAUCUAGUUUUCCAUCUGAUUGUUUCUGAAAGGGGAGAAUUAUUGUUAAUAUUUUUUUCUUUCCUCAAUGCAUGUGACAUCUAAAUUUGAUUUAGCUAAAAAUAUGCUUGACAAAUAUUAAAAUUGUGUUUUAUGCAAAUGAUAUUUAUUCUAAGAAUGAGAUUGAUGUGGUUGUCAUUUUUGCAAGCAUUGUUGUCUGAAAUUCCUGACCUCAAGAUUGGAUUGAACAAGUCCACAAAGUUUGCAGCCAUCAACAACUACCAAGCAUUUCUUAGGAGGCGGGUAAGACUUGUCUUUAUUGGUAUUAUUAUUAUUUUUAAACCUUCAGUAAAAUUAUGCAUUCUAGCAACUGCAGAACUUUCAAACAAAUUCAUUGCAUUUGCAUAGACGGGUAAGACUUGUCUUUAUUAUUAUUAUUAUUAUUAUUAUCUUUUUUAACCUUCAGUAAAAUUAUGAAUUCUAACAACUGCAUAACUUUCAAACAAAUUCAUUGCUUAGAUAUAUCACUAUCACUGUCUGGUUUGCUGUCAGUUUUGAAAUAUUUUUUUUCCCUGUAUAUUCCCCAGGUAACAAUUUCUAAUCCGGAUUUUGCAGCCAUCUUAAACUUCCUUAAUUUAUAUAGACCUUGUGAUUACAAAUUUAUUUUCUUUGUGUUACUUUUAAAAUGCUUUUAGACCUAAAAAUAUAUUUUUCUUACAUAAUAAUUUAAUAAUGCUGAAUGCCAGAAAGUUUUUCAGAUAAUUACCCAGUAGAAUAAGUUAGGGCGUCAUCACUUUAGUCCAAGAAAGUGUGCUCCUAUUAAUUGCUGAGUCACAGAUGUCAUUGGAAGUGAAACUAACUCUAGAAAGUCCAGAUGGUCAUAAAUAAUGUAAUGUUAAAAUAAUAAUAAUAAUAAUAAUAAUUAUU